AUGAACAAGGCUGCAGCUAAGGAAAGGUUUAUUAAUGAAUUUGACCAAUUGGUCGAAGAGUUGAAGGCCAUUUUAAUCGGGUAUAAAAUGCCACAAGAUGCUAUUGACUGGUUUGUUGGUAACUUGAAUUAUAAUACGCCGGGUGGUAAGUUGAACAGAGGUUUGUCAGUAAUCGACACUUAUUGUAUUUUAAACAACACCACUGCCAACGAUUUGUCUUCGGAAGAAUAUUCUAAGGUUGCCAUAUUAGGAUGGUGUAUCGAAUUAUUACAAGCUUACUUCUUAGUUGCCGAUGAUAUGAUGGAUCAUUCUAAAACAAGAAGAGGUCAACCUUGUUGGUACUUAAAAGAAGGUGUUGGUAAUAUUGCGAUUAAUGACUCCUUCAUGUUGGAAGGUGCUCUUUACAUUUUGUUAAAGAAGCACUUCCGUAAUGAGAAAUACUACGUCGAUUUAUUGGAUUUAUUCCACGAAGUUACAUUCCAAACAGAAUUAGGUCAAUUAAUAGAUUUGAUCACUGCUGAUGAAGAAAUUGUCGACCUUGAUAAGUUCUCAUUAUCAAAGCAUUCAUUUAUCGUUAUUUACAAGACCGCCUACUAUUCAUUUUACUUACCUGUCGCAUUAGCGAUGUUCAUGAGUGGAAUCAACAGUGAACAAGAUUUAAAGCAAGUUCGCGAUGUAUUGAUCCCAUUGGGUGAAUACUUCCAAAUUCAAGAUGAUUUCUUGGAUUGCUUUGGUACUCCAGAGCAAAUCGGUAAAAUUGGUACUGAUAUUAAAGACAACAAGUGCUCGUGGGUUGUCAACCAAGCUUUAUUACAUGCCAACGAAGAACAACGUAAGUUGUUAGACGAAAACUACGGUAAGAAAGAUGACGAAUCUGAAAAAAGAUGUAAACAAUUAUUCAAAGACUUGAACAUCGAAAAGAUCUAUUUUGACUACGAAGAAGAUAUCGGUGCUAAGUUAAGAAAGCAAAUCGAACAAAUCGACGAAUCAAGAGGCUUAAAGAAGGAAGUUUUGACUUCCUUCUUAAACAAAGUCUACAAACGUUCCAAAUAG